AUGGAAACCGUGAAACAUGUCGCUAUGUUCUCCUUUGUGUCUGUUGACCUGUGUAUUAUCAGUGGUUGUUAUUCCUUUCUAGUCCCUAUAGCUACCACCCCCACCAUCCCAGUCUUUUACAAUGGACUGCAUUUCUCUCUUUCUCUCUCUCUCUAUUAUUCCCUUUCCCUUUGUCUUCCUUUGUCACACAGCUUUUCUUUGUUUCUCUCCCCCCCUCUGUCUCUUUCUCUCAUAACCCCCUCCCACCCUCUACCUCUCUCCCUCUCCCUCUCUCUAUGUCUCUCUCUCUCUCCACUCCCAGGUUGUGGCGGUAGGUUGAUUAGAAAGUGCGUGGCAGAGAACAGGUAAUCCAUCACCCUGCCGAACCCCCUGCACCGGCGAGCAUGCGCACACACGCUGUCUCACGCGCACACGCCCCCCACACACCGUAAACUGUGUCCCCUCUCUCAGUCCCGUCGUCUGUCUGCCUCCAUCCCUCCUAUUCACAUUGUCCAUCUCUGGUUUCCCAUUUUUUCCCAUCAUGCUUUAUGUCUGUCUGUGCUUGUACACGUCAGUGCAAGGUAUCUUGUGUCUCUACCUCUGUCUCUCUUCACCUCUCUCCCAAUCCUCCUCAUCCAUCCAUCCAGCCAUCCACCCAUGUCGCCAUGGUUUUUCUAUUUCAGUCUCAUCCUCCUCUCCCUAUUCAACCCCUCCCCUCCCUCUUUCUUUCACUCCCUUUCUACCUCCCCUGUGUCCGUUCUCUCUCUCCAUCCCCCUCCUCUAACACUCCAUCUCCCAGACAUAGCAAUGGAGAGCCGUAAUGAAAUGGCAACCGCCUGCCUAAAUCUGCUCUCUGUCAUCCAUCAUCUCAUUACGAGGGGAUGUUCACUGUGUUGGCCUCCGAUUAGACGUGUUUAUAUUGAAUAAAGUCUAAUGUUCACGUCGUGAUGCAAUUGACAACUCGCCGGAACAGCUGUGGUCCCCAUGCUCUUUGUCUGGUCUGGCCGUUCAUUUUGAGGGAUGGGGCUUUGAGGUUUGAAUGCACAAACUCAAGAUUAUAUAGGAUAUCAGACACAUAGAAAUAGAAUGGGAAUGUCAGUUCCAGUAAAUCUAAUUCUAUGAUCAGACAUAAUUUGUACUUCUGGGGGAAGAGAACAUAUAGCAGAGUUGGAAUUCCAGUCUGUUUAUAACCAUAACAUUAUGCUUUUUGUUGUGGUGUAGGUAUGCCAUAUUCAUGAUUCAUAAAUAGUCAACAAGGCAUUGGUCUAUUAUGGCUGGCUGUGUGAUGUCACUGGCUUCAUUGGAUUCGUGGUGUAGGUGGUCUCGCCCACUUUUGAUCAAUAAUAGGGUAUUUAUAAUCAACAUUGGCAUAGAACCUCUGUUCGCCUCAUUGCCAACACAGAUAGGGAAUGUAGAGAUUUGUUUUACUUGUGCUCAUUUGCAAAUGGCAAAGGAUCUAAAUGUAAAUAUUGUGAGUCAUUUUACUGUAUAUGUACACCCACUUGUUUGAGGAUGUAAUCAUCGUUCCUUUAUUCAUAAUUCAUGUAAUAUGAUGCUUGUUUCUGUAAAGCGCCACUAAAAUGUAACCCUGUGGUAUUAUACAAUUGCAUUAGACUAUCAUAAAAAUGUAUUUUUAGUCCAAUUCUUUUAAUGCCAAGUGCUUGUUUUAAUUUGACAGUGCCCCCAAUCAAACCAUUGAAAUGCCACAACCAGCCAGGCAGCCAUAAACCUUUAGUAAAAAAUGAAAACCAAUCAUGUCAAACCCAGGGAAAGGUUGCAGCUCUCACAGGGUUUGUUAAGAAUCUCGGACACGACAGAACGUCGAUUGAUGGUUAUCUGGUUGUUAACUUUAAAAGCUUUGGGAAACAUGUUCUCUUGUUUUGAGUGGUUCUUGGCCCUACAAAGGACUAUAGUAACACUUGCCAAUGGCCAUUGAACUUGAGUUCAUUUAACAAUGGUAGGAUAUGUCAGACAGAGACACAAUGCGGUACAAGCUGAGGCUGUAGAUUUAGGCGUUUAACUGCCUGUGUGAAAAUGGUUGGCUCAGUUGUACCCAUCUAGUCCUAUUAGUUUUGCCUGUCGUGCACACACACACACAGGCUUGCACGCACACACACACACACACACACUCUCUAAAUGCACCAAGUCAGCAAAGAAGAGAGAAUACUUCUGUUUUGUCACAUAAUGCAGAAUGACAAUUAGGCUUCCAAGUAUAGUGACAGCAUCAUGACGACUGUCUGAGUCGGACCACAAAUGCUGCGUCUUUGUUGAGGGCCACAUUACAUUGAUUACGCCUAUAUUUCAUUUGUUAGCUAUUUUAGAUGCAGGGGGCUUGAUCCAGUAAUUAUCAAACACAAAUGGAUGCUAAGAUGAAUUUAGUUGUUUUUCUGACUUGACAAGCUGUCAUGUCAUAGAGGGUACUUUGCAUGAUUAGGAAUAACUGACAUUUCCCUUCAUGCCAGUGAUUUGAAAUGAAUAGAGACUUUUCAUGACAUUGUCCCCAUUCAAAAGAGGGCAGGGGGGAAAGAAGUUUACAGGUCAUGUAUAUUUGAAUAUUGAACUCUUUGAUAUGCUGAUGAGCCUACAGCUGUAUCCUUUUCUUGGUUCACUGAUUGUCUUGAAUGUCUCUUAUAUCUCUUUCUGUCUCUCUCGCUCUCCCCCUCCCCCUUCUCCCACUCCCCCUUCUCUCCCUCCCAGCUGUGAGCCCACGUUGUGGCCGGUGGGCAUGGUUUUGGAGGGUAGCUCGGAGGCCCUGUGUCCCCCGCCCUCACUGGAGCUGCGCCCGUCCUGCAACAAAAGCCAGCCCUUGCCUCCCCUGGGCUCAUGCUCCACGCCCCACGACGGACUCUUCCCCGGGGACAAGGAGCCCGUCAAGUACGGGGAGCUCAUCGUCUUAGGGUGGGUUACCUGUCCCUCUGGUGUGUGUGGUGGAGAGGUAGGGGGUGGGUGGGGGUUGUGUGUGCGUGUUUGCUUAUGUGUCUUCAACAGUGGUUAAUACGUACAACAGUUGGCCAUACCAUUCAUCCCAUCCCGUGUUAUAAACACCAUGCCCUUAAGAAACCUUCUUUAUAUGGGCUUUUAAGUCUCAGUGGUUGUGUGUACACUCUUAAGCAAUCUAAUGUACCUUAAACAAGGCUUUUCUCCUUGUCAGUUAGAAGAAACCCCCCUUCCUACCUUCUUUACGAAGCCAGAAAGACUAGCCCUUGCAUCUCCUAGACACACAUAGUAGCUAUCUUUCUUUCCGUUUCAGCUGCUCGUAAAAAAGAGCUGAUUUGACUCCCUUACAAAGAUGCCAUUCAGACACAGAGUCUUGCGGCAGAAUAGGCAAAUUACACCCUUAACUGCCACCAGUGAGGAAGAGAGAGAGAGAGAGGAGAGAGAGAGAGAGAGAGAGAGAGGAGAGAGAGAGGAGAUGAUAGAUGCUGAUCGAGAGAUAGAGUGAGAGUCUAUGCGCUCUGUCUCUCUCUAUCUUUUCUCUGCUUCUCGUACUCUCUCUCUCUCUCCUUCUCUUCUCUCUCUCUCUCUCUCUCCUCCCUCUCUCUCUCUCUCUCUCUCUCUCUCUUUCUCUCUUCUCUCUGUCUCUCUCUCUCUCUCUUUCUCUCUUCUCUCCUUCUCUCAUCUCUUUCUUCUCCUCUCUCUCUCUCCUCUCUGUCUUUCCUCUCUCUCUCCUCUCUCUCGUCUCUCUCUUCUCCUCUCUCUCUCUCUCCCCGCCCCCCCUGCUCUCUCUCUCCCCCCGCUCUCUCCUCAGCUCUCUCUCCUCUUCCUACAGUCAUCUCAGUCGUGUCCAUACAUGUACUCAGAGAGACAGAUAUAUCUUACUCACUGCUUACACCAUUGAUUCAUACAGUGAUGGAUUGUGAUUAUUAUGGAUUAUGAGAAAGGCUUAAUUUUCAAUGGAUUUUAUUAAGAGGGAGUGUAUUGCCAGCUGCAGACAUUUUAUGAGCCCUAUCCAAUCAUGACAUGGGCAGGUAAUAGAACACAGACAGACUAACCCAUAUAAGGAAUAUUCCCCUCAGAACCAAAUUAUGUUUUAUUGAGAUUCAAGCAAUUUGGUCCAGUUUUAAAGGAAUACUUCACCCCAAAGUUUGUCACGUGUUCAUACCUAUAAGGUAGUCUAAAGUUGUAGUCUAAAGAGUUCACAUUCAAACUAAUUUGUUGUGUAGAUCCAACUAUAUGUAUUAGGAUAAUACAUGCAAGCCUCAAUCCCAACUGAAUGGGAAAGAUAGGCUCCAACUAAUACAAAUGUAUAUUUGUGUUUUAUAUUAUGGCCCAUACUGUACUCAGGCACAAUGGUUCCUUGGUCAUUGGGGAUAAGGGGCGAAGGAGAAGUCGCCUGGCCCUCUACAAGAGACCCAAAGCCAACGGGGUCAAACCUGACGUCAUCCACAAUGUCUCCACCCCUCUGGUGUCAAAGGUGAGAGGUCACAUUAGAUUUAGACAGUCUUUCACAGUAUUAAACACUAUUGAAUAACUAUAUAAAUGUUUACUCAUUAACUCUAUAAAUGUUUAUGAAUGCAGGAAUGAAUAGUACAUACUGGAUGUACAACUACGUUUAUAUAAACGCUUACCACAUAUGGUACUAAUACAUUUUCAAGCAGGCAAAACUUUUGGGAUGCCCUUUCCUGAGUAGCUGGCUAUAUGACCUGCUUCCUGUAUAUGUGUUCCUGUGUUCUGCAUCGACAGGCCCUCAGCAACAAAAGCCAGCACAGCAUCUCCUACACCCUGUCCAGGAGUCACUCGGUCAUCGUAGAGUACACCCAUGACACCAACACAGAUAUGUUUCAGGUGAGUCAUCUUUUACAUUACCUACACAUGACAUGCCAAGUCAGCCGGAGCCCCAACACUUCAGCACAACAAUGACCUAGAAACUGAGAACAGAGUAUGUGCAUCCAAAAUGACAUUUCCUAUUUAGUGCUCUACAUAUGACCAGGGCCCAUAGGGAUUUGGCACACACACAGUCAGAAUAGGAGAGAAGAGAAGAGAUGGUUUAUUUCCUGUGUGUUAGAUAGCAGACUCCCCCUCUCCUCUCCUUUCAGACAGCAACAGACUGCUCUAGCUAUCUAUCUCUCAUCCCAGUGUUGAAUGUGGAGUCCAAACUCCUGCAGACAGAAUGGAUCUGAGGUGCUGCUGGCUCCAGGGCUGUGAGGCUCCAGGGCUACAGUCCCAUCUGUUCAUCUGUCUGCUCUCUCUCCAACCAGGGGCUGUGAUGAGGCUGCCAUUCCUGGCAGCCUGGGAGGAAACAAAACUUGUUUAUUGGUAUGUUGUGGGCAUUUGUCCACAACGCUCCAGACGAUAUCCUGACUUCAGUGUGAUUUAAAUGGAAUUGAGUCUUUCUACCUUCCUCCUCCCCAAAUACAUAUUUCCACUCAUAUAUUAUAUUAUAUUCUGUUCUAUUCUAUUCUACUCCACACGAUUCUACUCAAUUCUACUGUACUUUAUUCUAUUAACCAUGAGUCUCCCCCUAUCUCCUAUGUCCUACCUCUCGCUACAGAUUGGGCGUUCUACAGAGAGCAUGAUUGACUUUGUGGUGACGGACACAGCGGGCAGCAGCACCAGUGGUGGUGGCGGUGGGUGGCAGGUCCAGGGGGCUGCGGGCGAAGGGGGCGGAGGAGGAGGGGGGCAGUCGGCCCAGAGCACGAUCUCCCGCUACGCGUGCCGCAUAAUGUGCGAGCGCAGCGCUCCUUACACGGCCCGCAUCUACGCCGCCGGCUUCGACUCCUCCAAAAACAUCUUCCUGGGGGUGAGUUGCGGUGAUGACCACAGUGUGAGGGACAGCAUUGGCAACAUCACACCCCGAUGAUGUCGUCAUGGUGAUGAGCGUCACCAUGUGUGAUAUACUGUAGAGAUUGAUUGAAGUCAGGGAGGGAGGAAAUGGUGGUGUGGUGGUGUAGGACUUGUUAGUGGGUGUGUGAAUGUUCGACAUGUGGCCUGCUUCUUGGGCAAUGUUUUUUCUAGGUGUAUAUUCAUACACAAAUUAGCCUUUUGUACUGGACAAACAAAUUAGUAAUCUCUUGUCCCCAUCCUAUGCGCACACACACAGAGACACACACACACUCCUCUGGUGCGUCUUCUUCGCCUUAGUGUUAUGGCCUCUCAUUGGCUGGUUGGCCCAGCGCCCAGCCACAAAAACAGCCCAGGCCGCACUUUGUUUAGAGAUUAGAUCAUCUAUGGUAAAUAUCAGUAGACACACGUACGGGACGGCCGCAUUUGUUUUCAGGCUCUGAGGGCCACGGCUCUUUUAAUGGAUUGGAUUUAUGACAGCAUUGUUAGAUUCUAUACACAGACACAUUCGCACAAACUGCAGAGAAAUGGGAAUUAUGGGAAUCAAGGAGCCGUGAUUAAAUUGAUAUGUGUGCAGUGAAGGGAAAAGUACUCAAUUGUCAUACUUGAGUAAAAGUAAAAAUUCCUUAAUAGAAAAUGAGUCAAGUAAAAGUGAAAGUCAACCAGUAAAAUAAUACUUGAGUAAAAGUCUAAAAGUAUCUGGUUUUAAAUGUACUUAAGUACAGUGGUGUAAAAAGUACUAAAUUGUCAUACAUGAAUAAAAGUAAAAAGUAAAAGUAAAUGCUAUACAUAAAAUUCCUUAUAUUGAGAAAACCAGACGGCACAAUUUUCUUAAUUUUAAGGACAGCCAGGGGCACACACCAACACUCAGACAUCAUUACAAACGCAGUAUUUGUGUUUAGUGAGUCUGCCAGAUCAGAGGCAGUAGGGAUGACAACCCGUUAUAUUGAUAGGUGUGUGAAUUGGUCAAUAUUGCUGUCCUUCCUGAGCAUUCGAAAUGUAACAAGUACUUUUGAGUGUCAGGGAAAAUGUUUGGGAGUAAAAAGGUACAUAUCGUCUUUAGGAAUAUAGUGGAGUAAAAAGUAGUAAAAAAUAUAAAUAGUAAAGUACAGAUACCCCAAUAAACUACUUACUGUAUGUGGGUGAUGUGUGUGUUAGGGUUGGGAAUUGCCAGGGACCUCACUAUACAAUAGUAUCACAAUACUUAGUGCCGAUACGAUAUGUAUUGUGAUGCUCACGAUUUUCACGAUUCUAUAUACAGUGAGGGAAAAAAGUAUUUGAUCCCCUGCUGAUUUUGUAUGUUUGCCCACUGACAAAGAAAUGAUCAGUCUAUAAUUUUAAUGGUAGGUUUAUUUGAACAGUGAGAGACAGAAUAACAACAACAAAAUCCAGAAAAACGCAUGUCAAAAAUGUUAUAAAUUGAUUUGCAUUUUAAUGAGGGAAAUAAGUAUUUGACCCCCUCUCAAUCAGAAAGAUUUCUGGCUCCCAGGUGUCUUUUAUACAGGUAACGAGCUGAGAUUAGUAGCACACUCUUAAAGGGAGUGCUCCUAAUCUCAGCUUGUUACCUGUAUAAAAGACACCUGUCCACAGAAGCAAUCAAUCAAUCAGAUUCCAAACUCUCCACCAUGGCCAAGACCAAAGAGCUCUCCAAGGAUGUCAGGGACAAGAUUGUAGACCUACACAAGGCUGGAAUGGGCUACAAGACCAUCGCCAAGCAGCUUGGUGAGAAGGUGACAACAGUUGGUGCGAUUACUCACAAAUGGAAGAAACACAAAAGACUUGUCAAUCUCCCUCGGCCUGGGGCUCCAUGCAAGAUCUCACCUCGUGGAGUUGCAAUGAUCAUGAGAACAGUGAGGAAUCAGCCCAGAACUACACGGGAGGAUCUUGUCAAUGAUCUCAAGGCAGCUGGGACCAUAGUCACCAAGAAAACAAUUGGUAACACACUACGCCGUGAAAGACUGAAAUCCUGCAGCGCCUGCAAGGUCCCCCUGCUCAAGAAAGCACAUAUACAGGGCCGUCUGAAGUUUGCCAAUGAACAUCUGAAUGAUAUGAAGGAAAAAUACUGGAGUUUUGUUGCCGGUACAGCCAAUUAGUGCAAAAAUAAUAUUGCGAUAUUGUCAAAACGAUACGAUACACUAUAUCGUUAAAAAUAAUAUCCCGAUACGUAACUGUAUCGAUUUUUUUCAGCCAGCAAACACUUCUGUCUGUAUCUGUGUGUGUGUGUGUGUGCUUGCCCGCGCUUGUGCAUGGGAGUGUGAGUGUUUGUUUGCUGAAAACCACUCCAAUCAGCAAACACAACAAUAGACUGCCAUAAAAUCACAGUGCAGUGGUCCAGUGCAGUGAAGGAGAGGGGGGUUGCUUGCGUUUUAUCCAUUCUGGCAGAGGCACUCAGUUCCACCUUCUCCCUUCCUUCCCCCAUCCCCCUCGCCCAUACAGGGAAUGAGUUAUCGAAGGGGUUCUGCGAGAUGAACUUGGAGUGUAAAUGGAGAGAGAGAGAGAGUUGGCAGGGGAGCGAUGGGGAGGCCGUGGGUGGGGAUGAAGGGAGAGCGUGAGGGAGGGAGUGUCAUUGUGGAAGAUAUUGGAGGCAGGAGUCCAGCUGUACUCAUCUCCAUCGAUGGGAGUCGGCCCCAGGGUCCGAGUCAGACACACUGUACUGCCACACCGCCAGUCUGCCACUGACCUCCACUAGCAUUUGAUUAUGAGGGGCAGGAAGGGCGGCCAUAUUGGAUUGGAUUAAAGAAGGUUGUAAUGUUUUUGAAACGAUUGACCGGUCAAUGUGUGUCGUGUGCCAACAGUGAUCAAUGGCAAUGACAGGAUAGUUCAUAUACCAUACGCCGGUAUGAUAUACUUACAUAUGCUUUAGUGAAUAUCACACAAGAAAGAAGCGUUUAUUCUGAAAAUGGUUUUGUUGACUACAGAUAUACAACAAAAUGAUGGCAUUGAUGUCAAUUAUAGCAUGACAUCACAUGCAACCUUGUGACACUAAAAGACAAACGAAUAGGACAAUGUGACCACGUCGUGACAUCAUCAUGACAUAACAUCCGGAUGACUAACCUAACCCCACCACAGAGACUUGUAUAAUUCAUCUUAGCAUCGUAGCAUGUGGUCGGUGAGCGGCUAUGCAAAAAAUACAGGAGAGAAACCUUAGAGCCCUCAAUAGCUUAAGAGCUGCUAGCUGCUGUCAAUGAAGCGAAGGCUGAAUAACCUCAGCACGGCUCCCUCCUCUAUAACUGGCACACACACAAUGUCCUUGGCAGAUAGCGGAGUCAGGCAGGCAGCUCGACCCACUGCUACUGUGGAGGUGGAGAGAGAGAGAGAGAGGGAUGGAGAGAGGGAGAGAGAGGGAUGGAGAGAGGGAGAUAGAGAGAGGGAUGGGGAGAGGAGAGGAGAGAGAGAGAGCGGAGAGAGAGGAGAGGGAGAGAGAAGUAGAGAGAGAAGCGAGAGAGAGAGGAGAGAGAGAGAGAGAGAGAGAGGAUGGAGAGAGAUGAGAGAGAGAGGGAGAUGAGAGAGAGAGGGGGAGAGAGAGAGAGAGAGAGAGAGAGGAGAGAGAGAGGGAUGGAGAAAGAUAGUUUGUUCAAAAUAUUAGGACAUAAAUGUUCUGAAAGGCUUAUACAAUAACACUGGUUGAAUAGCUUGUAGUCAUGCCUGCUUUUAAUUAUAUGCCCACUGAAAGAAAAUAUCAUAACACUGCCACUGCAGGGACUGAAUGCCCUGCAAUGUUUAUGUGUGUGUGUGUGCAUCUCUGUGUGUUAGUCAGUAUAGUAGUCCUACUCUGGUCUAAAUAUAGCAGUGCAGAAAAGCAAUGUUAGCUGUUUAUUUUUCUCUCUCUCACUCUCUCUCUUUCCCCCACCCUCCCUCCCUCCCUCUCUUUCUCUCUCUCUCUCUCCCCCACCCAUCUCUUUCUCUCUCUUUCUAACUCCUCUUCCUCUCCUUCUACCCCCUUCUCUCUUUUUAUCUUUCUCUGCUUUUAUCCAUCACUAUCCCUCACCUUGGCUCUCUGUCUGUCUGUUUGUGUGCGGGUCUCUCAGGAGCGGGCUGCCAAAUGGCGAACGUCAGACGGCUUGAUGGACGGCCUGACCACCAAUGGUGUGCUGGUGAUGCACCCGGCGGGGGAGUUUGUGUCGGAGCCAGCGCCGGGAGUGUGGCGGGAGAUCUCGGUGUGCGGGAACGUCUUCGCCCUGCGGGAGACGCGCUCUGCCCAGCAGAGGGGAAAAUUGGUGAGGGGGGGGGGUCAUCAGUGGCAAGCCACAGGGGGGAGGAGGAUGGGGGAGACAUGGGAAAUAAAGCCUGAUACCUGUCUGGUUAUCAGGACUGCUGUUAUGUCUGGAAGUAUCUGAAGGACACUGAGAUUAGACUAUCCAACUAUGAAUGAUGAGAUAAUUGAUGAUAUUUUAUGAGUAAAAUAAUUGAUAAAGGAAACCUCAAGCCUCAAACCUGUCUCAUUAUCAAGGCUAUCACAUGUGUGUAUAUAAUAAUAAUAAUAAUAAUAUGCCAUUUAGCAGACGCUUUUAUCCAAAGCGACUUACAGUCAUGCGUGCAUACAUUUUUGUGUAUGGGUGGUCCCGGGGAUCGAACCCACUACCUUGGCGUUACAAGCGCCAUGCUCUACCAGCUGAGCUACAGAGGACCACGUGUAUAUAUGCAGUUGAAGUCGGAAGUUUACAUCUUAGCCAAAUACAUUUAAACUCAGUUGUUCACAAUUCCUGACAUUUAAUCCUAGUAAAAAUUCCCUGUCUUCGGUCAGUUAGGAUCAGCACUUUAUUUUAAGAAUGUGAAAUGUCAGAAUAAUAGUAGAGAGAAUGAUUUAUUUCAGCUUUUAUUUAUUUCAUCACAUUCCCAGUGGGUCAGACGUUUACAUACACUCAAUUAGUAUUUGGUAGCAUUGCCUUUAAAUUGUUUAACUUGGGUCAAACCUUUCGGGUAGCCUUCCACAAGCUUCCCACAAUAAGUUGGGGGAAUUUUGGCCCAUUCCUCCAGACAGGGCUGGUGUAACUGAGUCAGGUUUGUAGGCCUCCUUGCUCGCACACGCUUUUUCAGUUCUGCCCACACAUUUUCUAUAGGAUUGAGGUCAGGCCUUUGUGAUGGCCACUCCAAUACCUUGACUUUGUUGUCCUUAAGCCAUUUUUCCAAAACUUUGGAAGUAUGCUUGGGGUCAUUGUCCAUUUGGAAGAUCCAUUUGCGACCAAGCUUUAACUUCCUGACUGAUGUCUUGAGAUGUUGCGUCAAUAUAUCCACAUAAUUUUCUUUCCUUCCAUAAUGCUAUCUAUUUUGUGAAGUGGCUAGGCCACUCCAGGACCUUAAUGUGCUGCUUCUUGAGCCACUCCUUUGUUGCCUUGGCCGUGUGUUUUGGGUCAUUGUCAUGCUGGAAUACCCAUCCACGAUCCAUUUUCAAUGCCCUGUCUGAGGGAAGGAGGUUCUCACCCAAGAUUUGACGGUACAUGGCGCCGUUCCAUCGUCCCUUCGAUGCGGUGAAGUUGUCCUGUCCCCUUAGCAGAAAAACACCCCCAAAGCAUAAUGUUUCCACCUCCAUGUUUGACGGUGGGGAUGGUGUUCUUGAGGUCAUAGGCAGCAUUCCUCCUCCUCCAAACACGGCGAGUUGAGUUGAUGCCAAAGAGCUCGAUUUUGGUCUCAUCUGACCACAACACUUUCACCCAGUUCUCCUCUGAAUCAUUCAGAUGUUCUUUGGCAAACUUCAAACGGCCAUGUAUAUGUGCUUUCUUGAGCAGGGGGACCUUGCGGGCGCUGCAGGAUUUCAGUCCUUCACGGCGUAGUGUGUUACCAAUUGUUUUCUUGGUGACUAUGGUCCCAGCUGCCUUGAGAUCAUUGACAAGAUCCUCCCGUGUAGUUCUGGGCUGAUUCCUCACUGUUCUCAUGAUCAUUGCAACUCCACGAGGUGAGAUCUUGCAUGGAGCCCCAGGCCGAGGGAGAUUGACAGUUCUUUUGUGUUUCUUCCAUUUGCGAAUAAUCGCACCAACUGUUGUCACCUUCUCACCAAGCUGCUUGGCGAUGGUCUUGUAGCCCAUUCCAGCCUUGCGUAGGUCUACAAUCUUGUCCCUGACAUCCUUGGAGAGCUCUUUGGUCUUGGCCAUGGUGGAGAGUUUGGAAUCUGAUUGAUUGAUUGCUUCUGUGGACAGGUGUCUUUUAUACAGGUAACAAACUGAGAUUAGGAGCACUCCCUUUAAGAGUGUGCUCCUAAUCUCAGCUUGAUACCUGUAUAAAAGACACCUGGGAGCCAGAAAUCUUUCUGAUUGAGAGGGGGUCAAAUACUUAUUUCCCUCAUUAAAAUGCAAAUCAAUUCAUAAUAUUUUUGACAUGCGUUUUUCUGGAUUUUGUUGUUGUUAUUCUGUCUCUCACUGUUCAAAUAAACCUACCAUUAAAAUUAUAGACUGAUCAUUUCUUUGUCAGCGGGCAAACGUACAAAAUCAGCAGGGGAUCAAAUACUUUUUUCCCUCACUGUAUAUAUAUAUAUAUGUGUGUGUGUGUGUGUGUCUAAGGGGUUAUAUCAAGGACUCCACAGUCAGGCUAAACGUCUGAUGAGCUUUAGAGUUUCCCAACUGGGUGUGAAUUAAUUAAUGAUAUUUUGUGAAUCGAUCGUUAGCAUUUGAUUCAAUUCAUGAUGGUAUGCGACAGGGUAGGAUGAUCACAGUGCCAUCAAGUGUUCGUAGGGAAGGGAAACAGAAAGAAAAAGUUUAAAAGGCACAGAAAAAGGAAACAAUGUAUGCAAAUAGUUAUAGUUUGACAGUUACAGUAUUGUCUGUACCCUCCAGGUGGAGAACGAGUCCAAUACCCUGCAGGAUGGCUCUCUGAUUGACCUGUGCGGUGCCACCCUCCUGUGGCGUACCCCGUCGGGCCUGCGCCGCACCCCCACCCUAAAGCAGCUGGAGUCCCUCCGCCAGGAGCUGAAUGCCGCCCGGCCCCAGUGCCCUGUGGGUUUCAACACCCUGGCCUUCCCCAGCCUGGCCCAGCGAGAGAUUGUGGACAAGAAGCAGCCCUGGGUCUAUGUCAACUGUGGUCACGUGCACGGCUACCACAACUGGGGCUACCGGAAAGACAAGGGCCACAAUGUGGGCCCCGGGGGGACGGCUCCGGCGAGUACCGGGGAGAGGGAGUGCCCCAUGUGCCGGUGCGUGGGUCCCUACGUGCCCCUGUGGCUUGGCUGCGAGGGCGGGCUGUACCUGGACGCAGGGCCACCGACGCACGCCUUCUGCCCCUGCGGCCACGUGUGCUCGGAAAAAACAGUGGCGGGCUGGAGCCAGAUCCCGCUGCCGCACGGAACGCACGCCUUCCACGCCGCAUGCCCCUUCUGCGGCACCUGGCUGACAGGUGAGCAGGGCCACAUCAAACUCAUCUUUCAGGGGCCCGUAGACUGAGGCUGGAGCUGAGGGGCAGAGAUAGGGGGCAGGGUGGAGGGAAGGUGGACUGGGGAAAUGAUGAUGGACUGAACUAAAGACAAGAGGCAAACGUGAUGGAAGCAGAUGAAGCAUAAAUGGCAUUUGAGUUGUAUUUGGGGAAGAUGUAAAUAAAAGGUG